AUAUAUUAGAUAAACAAAAUGAAUGAUCAUUAGAGUAGUUUUGUUCGGUACAGACAUUUUAAAGAUGGGAUCGGCGGUUCAGAAAUCGGCUUUACUGUUAUGCGGAGACUACAUGGAAGCCUACGAGACGGUGGUUCCUCUCUACGUUCUCCAAUCGUUUGGCGUUAGCGUUCACUGCGUUUCACCCAACCGCAUCGCCGGUGAUCGCUGCGUUAUGGCGGCCCACGAUUUCUUGGGCCUCGAGCUAUACACCGAGCUGAUCGUUGACCAGUUGACUCUAAACGCCAACUUCGAUGACGUCAUCCCGGAGAAUUACGACGUCGUCAUCAUUCCCGGCGGACGUUUCACGGAGAUUCUCAGCGCCGACGAGAAAUGCGUCGACCUCGUGGCUCGAUUCGCCGCAUCGAAGAAACUGAUCUUCACCAGCUGCCACAGCCAGGUUAUGCUGAUGGCUGCCGGAAUUCUCGCCGGAGGUGUGAAGUGCACUGCGUUCGAAAGCAUGAAGCCUCUGAUCGAGCUCUCCGGCGGCGCGUGGUGGCAACAGCCAGGGAUCCAGAGCAUGUUUGAUAUCACCGAUUGCGUCAAGGACGGGAAUUUUGUGAGCACGGUUGGAUGGCCCACGCUUGGUCACGGGAUUAAGCUUUUGCUCGAUUCUCUCGGCGCAAAGAUCUCGAGCUUGAAGGAGAAUCCAGCUUCUGUGCUUUUCCUUAUUGGAGACUAUGUAGAAGACUAUGGGAUCAAUGUACCAUUUAGAGCACUCCAAGCUUUAGGAUGUAAAGUUGAUGCAGUGACACCGAACAAGAAGCAGGGAGAGAUGUGUGCAACAGUGGUUUACGACCUCGAGGAGGGAAGGCAGCUUUCUGCGGAGAAGCGAGGACACAACUUCCCUGUGACUGCAUCGUGGGACGAUAUAUGUGUGGAUGAUUAUGAUUGUGUAGUUGUUCCGGGAGGGAGAUCACCUGAGCUACUGGUGAUGAGUGAAAAGGCUGUUGCUUUGGUCAAGAAGUUUGCAGAGAAAGAUAAGGUUUUUGCAGCCAUUGGACAGGGUAAAUUGCUACUUGCAGCCACCGGUGUUCUUAAGGGGAAGCGAUGCGCGAGUGGCAAAGGGAUGAAGGUGAUGGUGAAGGUAGCUGGAGGUGAGGCUGUUGAGUCAAAGGGAUGUGUGAGUGACGGGAAGCUUGUGACGGCUGCAUCAGCCUCAGAUCUGCCUGCCUUUUUGUCUAACUUAACUACUGCUCUUGGUGUCUCUGUCUUGUUCUAAUAUUUUUGCUAAAAGGGAAAAACCAAAAACAUGAAAAAUAGAGUUCGGAUAAAUAAAACAUACUUUUCAAGUUGCCAACAAUGAAUAUUGAAAAGCAGCUUAUGUUGAAA